AUGUCGGCUACCGACAACCAGUGGGAAUUGUGGAUGGCCCAAGAGGGCACCGCGGGCUCUGGAAACGGCCAGGGCCCCAAUAUGGACUCGGAAUUAGCAUCGAUCGUUUCGUCGCUAUCAGCACUAUCAAAUUUGUCGGCACAUCAACAACACGGCCAACUGGGCAGUUUUCGCCGUGGCUCGCUUCACAGCAACCAUAGCAGUGAUAUCGAGUCUGAAUCUUUUUUUCGUGGUCAACAGUCUCCCACUAUAAAGCGUACAACGCUUUCUGUAGGGGAUGUCGCAUUGGGGACUGGUCCCUCCGGUGUCAAAAACCGACUAGCUAAACUGGGAAACUACUCUGUCAGUCUUGCUGGUGGUACCUCAUCACACCAGCAACCCACACAAGGUGGAUUUUUUGAGCGUUUUGGUCGCAGUCUUGCGGAAGGUACACGCGAAGUGGAAUCCAACUUGGGAGCUUCCUCAGGCAGAGGUUCUCGCAGAGAAAGUUUCAAUGCCAUGGAGUCGCUUUCCAGAGCAACAAGCAAUUCGACUUUUGCAGCAACAACUGCAGAAGGCAGAAGGCUUUCAGAUUCAUCGGACGCUCUUGAGUCCCUCAGCGAAAAUCUCCAGGUGGAAUCUGAACAGUCAAAGCUCAACUAUCGCAAUAUAUGGAAAGUUGCCGAGGCUCCCGUGUUUAGACCGCAGGGCCCCUCCGCUUCUAUGGGUGAGCCUCAUUUCCAGGCACCUCCCAUGGAUAUGUUUGGCAAUCCGAUUGGAGCUCCGAUUGGAACUCCCUAUGGUAUCCCUCCAUAUCCCAACUACUGGAAAAUGCCAAAUACAAUGGUACCACCGGUCGCUUCAUCUCCAAAUGGCGAUGCUUCCAUACCAGGUCCAGCAGAUAACAAUAACAAAAACCCAUCAAUAGGAGCGCAGUACCCACCUUACAUGUUUCCUGGAAAUUCGUACAUGUUUUUCCCUUCUGUAGUAGGUCCUCCGGCGCCCGAAUCAUUCCCGUCGUCACCAAACCCAAUGAGGCCAUCCUCGAAGACUGACCAAGCCAAGUCCCAGGGAAAUCCUUACCUGUACAAUAACAGAAACCAGAAGUCGACGAAUGGAAGUCCUGGAUCGCAGAGCUUCUCUCCAACUCCAAACCCGUCAACUAGUUCCCCGCAUCCGGGGCCUCGAGGCAAAGGUAAAAACAAUAUUAUCAGAUCUCCACUUUUAGAGGAAUUCAGGAACAGCUCCCCAGAUAAAAAGACCUACAAACUACCGGACAUCUAUGGCUCUGCGCUAGAGUUUUGCAAAGAUCAGCACGGUUCUAGAUUUAUUCAACAAGAGCUCGUGAAAGCCACAGACAUCGAGAAGGAGGUCAUCUUCAAUGAGAUUAGAGACGACGCAAUAACACUUGCUGACGACGUCUUUGGGAACUAUGUCAUUCAAAAGUAUUUUGAGUACGGACUCAAAACCCAAAGAGAUGUUCUUUUCGAGAAAUUCACGGGUAAGAUGCAAAAACUGUCUCAACAAAUGUAUGCCUGUCGCGUAAUCCAAAGAGCGUUAGAGUGCAUAGAGGAAGACCAAAAAGUCGCAUUGGUCAAUGAGUUGUCUGGCUGUGUUCUGCUUAUGAUCAAGGAUCAAAAUGGUAAUCAUGUCAUUCAAAAGGCCGUUGAGAGGAUUCCGAUGACGAAGCUGACUUUCAUUUUAGACAGCUUGCAGGGGCAGAUCUAUCAUCUGUCAACGCAUUCUUACGGAUGUCGAGUUGUUCAAAGGCUUUUGGAAUACGGCUCAGCGGAAGACCAAGACUUAAUCUUGAAUGACCUUGAUGCAUUUAUUCCUUUUCUGAUACAAGAUCAGUACGGCAACUACGUCAUACAACACGUAUUACAACAUGGCUCCGCCGACCAAAACACACAUAUUGGGAAAACAAAGCAGUCUAUCGUUGAUGCUGUUUCCAAAAAUGUCGUGGAGUACUCGAAACACAAGUUUGCCUCAAACGUUGUGGAGAAGACAAUGCUUUUCGGUUCCGCUACUCAGAAGAAGCAGUUUUUGGAUCAAGUUUUACCUAGGGACGAAGAGCACGCUACCCAUUUAGAAGAUAAUGCACCCUUAAUACUCAUGAUGCGCGACCAGUAUGCCAACUACGUGGUGCAGAAGCUCGUGGGCGUAACCCAGGGCUCGGAUAAGAAGCUUGCGGUUAUGGCCAUUCGGGCUUAUCUAGAUACGCUCAACAAGGCAAACGCUCUGGGCAACCGGCACCUCGCUUCCGUCGAGAAACUCGCUUCUAUUAUCCAGAAUGUGCAAGUGUAA